GACUUCAAUUACAAGAAAGAAGCAGCGAAAUUGAAUUUCUUACGCCUUCGAAAUUCUCUCUGAACACGAAAAUCUAUCACUGGUAAGGCUGAGUUCAAUAGAGGAAUUCCAAAGAUGAUGUCUCCAAAGCAGGUUUCUGAAGAUCGAGGAGGUUCUCGUUCUGCUUCAUUGAGGCACACUCCAUUGCAGAUUAUCCAUUUUAUGGGCAACUUUAUGAGGAUAUGGUCAGUUUACUCAAUGCACCAUUAUUUGUCUCAGCAAGGAGCUUCAGUUGUAGUUUUUAUCUUCAGUUGUCUGGUGCCAUCUUCUAUUCUGUUUUUAGUAUUGCAAAGGCCUUGGAAAGGCAGACCACUCUCCAAUACACAGGUUAUACCAUCUGUAAUCAAUGGAGGAAUAAUGGCAUUAUACUUCAUCUUGUGGGGAAAGGGCCUCAAAUCAUGUGGCCCCGUUAGAGCUAUAAUGGCGGAGUAUGCUGGCGCUGUUCUAGGAGUUUUAUCCACAUUACUGUAUGGACGGAGGGGUUUCAUUUGGAAAAAGGUGGGUGGACUAAUUGCGAUGGUGGCAUCAUUCUACCUCCUAUCUCGAGGAUGGGCUUUGAACACAUACUCACCAAUCUCAUUUAAAAAUAGUGCUGAUACAGAGAUUGAGGCAGAGAAAUUGAUAGGCAUGAAACAAAUGGCAAUUCCUAUCACUGCUGGAAUAUUAUCAGCUUUGAGGAGGGUGAUUGCAAGGCGUGUGUCACUCAAGAAUCAGCUUAAAAGGCGACUUCAUGCAAUAACUAUCACUUCUGCAACAUGCUUUUUGUUUCCUUUCGCCAUGUGGGACACUAUAUUAGGAUCACCUUCUGAGAGCAACACAGAGUCACCGUUUCCAACAUGGGCAUAUCUGAGCACAAUAAUUUUUGGAAUUAUCUUAAUUUUCUAUAUCGACAAUAUUGCUGAGGAAAGAUUGCAUAUGGUUUUUUCUUCGCCAAGGCAUUUGGCGGCAGCUGCUGGAUGCAUCAUUGUUAUGGAGAUUGUGUACAAGAUGGACUUUUGUCUACCAGGUUUCCUGGUUUGCUCCACAAUUUUAGGCUUUGGUAUUUAUGAAGCCACAUCUUUGGAGCGGUUUAGAAAAGAUUCUUUUCAACCAACAGACCUAUCAGAUGGAAACUUUGCAGACCAAAUGCAGAUGUUGCCACUUCCAACUUAACUUUAUAUCUGAUUGGAGGGCAAAAAUCCAUGUAGGAGACCCAUUUAGAUCGUGAUGAAUUGACCUUUAGCUGCCAGGUUCACCCAGCAUGCAUUGCUCUUGUUAUUUUCCAAUGUUAGUGUGGUUUGAGGAGCAGAAUACCGGAGUCUUAUCAACCGCAACUCCGUCUCAAGUUAUAUAACAACUGGGAGUGAGGCCAAUAUUUGCCUCUUAAGGAAGGAUAGCAUUGAUUCUGAUUCAUUUUUGUCAUCCUUUUUCUAUUUUUCCACAUUUACAAAGAGCUAUUGUUCUCAUUGUAUGUACAGUAAGUUACCCUCUGAUCCAUCUUCGAUGCAUCUUGGAAUGGUCAUCAUUCCCUUGAGAUGUGAGAUUUUUUUUUUUUUUUGUUCAAAAUUAAAUUUCCAUUAAUCUUAUAUGCUCCUGAAUAAGGAAUUGUAACUAGUGCAAGUCAUUCAAGUCAUUGAAAACCAUAUUUUCAGUAA